AUGAAGAAAGCCAAGAUAGCGCCGAGUAUCACCGCACCGCCCACGCCCACUCCGACACCGACCCCUACACCGACGCCUGAACUGGAAGCAGAAGCGCCAGUAGAAGCGGCUGUCGCCGAAGCCGCAACACCGGACGAAGACACGGCGAAGCUUGUGGUACUUACAGAAGUGUCCGUUAGAGGCGACGUGCCCGAACUAGUCGAGCUGGGAUUCGCAAAUGUUUGGCGCUGGCCAAUGAUGGUCAUGGUAUACGGCUCGCCAGCGAAGCUUAGGACUUUAUUUCCUGAGCCGCAGCUGCAACCGUCGUUGCAGCAAUAUGAAUCGCCCGAAGCGGUCCCGUUGCAGCUUAGGACGGCGUUUCCGAGCCACGAAGAACGUACGGAUAUACAUACCAUCAUUGCAGAAAUUGGGGCAUGCAGAGGACUGCCAGGUCCGGUCCGUGCAAGUUCCACGAGCAUAUGUUCUGUUGCCAAUGUCAUAGCAGAGCUUGUUGGAGAGACAGGCUUGGUUACUGAAGCAGCAGAAGCUGUCAGUGACAGAAGAGUCGCAGGCUACAUCCGCGGAGGAUAUUUCGCCAUUGGGAAAGUAGCACGUUGCAUGUAUGGUGUGGAUGAGAGGAGCCAGCAGAAGCAAACGCAAGGUCAGUAUCGACAUAGCUGGAGUGCUCGUGAGGCUCUGUAA